AUGCAUAACGGCUACCAUCCAAGCCACACCAACAACUACACCCACAACAGCCGCUCCAACCACAACAGCCACACCGACUACUACAGCAGAAACAACAACUGCAUCCACAACAGCUCCACACUAACUACUACAGCAGCAUCAGUAACAACUACAUCCACAACAGCUGUUCCAACCACAACAGCCACACCAACUACUACAGCAGCAACAACUACACCCACAACAGCUGCUCCAACCACUACAGCCACACCAACAACUACAUCCACAACAACCACUACAGCUACACCCACCACUACACCCACAACAACUGCUCAAACCACUACAUCCACGACAGCUGGUCCAACCACAACAGCCACACCAACAACUACAGCAGCAACAACUGCAUCCACAACAGCUGCUCCAACCACUACAGCAGCACCAACAACUACAUCCACAUUAGCUGUUCCAACCACUACAGCCAAACCAACAACUACAUCCACAACAGGUGCUCCAACCACCACAGCCACACCAACAACUACAUCCACAACAGCUGUUCCAAACACAACAGCCACACCAACUACUACAGCAGCAACAACUACAUCCAAGACAGCUGUUCCAACCACUACAUCCACACCAACAACUACAUCAACAACAGCUGCUCCAACCAGAACAGCCACACCAACUACUACAGCAGCAGCAACAACUACAUCCACAACAGCUGCUCUAACCACUACAUCCACACCAACAACUACAUCAACAACAGGUGCUCCAACCACUACAGCCACACCAACGACUACAUCCACAACAGCUGCUACAACCACUACAGCCAAACCAACAACUACAUCCACAACAGCUGCUCCAACCACUACAGCCACACCAACAACUACAUCCACAACAGCUGUUCCAACCACAACAGCCACACCAACUACUACAUCAACAACAACCACUACAGCUACACCCACCACUACAUCCACAACACCUGCUCAAACCACUACAUCCACGACAGCUGGUCCAACCACAACAGCCACACCAACAACUACAGCAGCAACAACUGCAUCCACAACAGCUGCUCCAACCACAACAGCCACACCAACUACUACAGCAGCAGCAACAACUACAUCCACAACAGCUGCUCUAACCACUACAUCCACACCAACAACUACAUCAACAACAGGUGCUCCAACCACUACAGCCACACCAACGACUACAUCCACAACAGCUGCUACAACCACUACAGCCAAACCAACAACUACAUCCACAACAGCUGUUCCAACCACAACAGCCACACCAACUACUACAGCAGCAACAACUACACCCACAACAGCUGCUCCAACCACUACAGACACACUGACCAUUGCAUCCACAGCAGGUGAUUCAACCAAUAACUGCGUUCAGACCACUACAGCUACACCCACCACUACAUCCACAACACCUGCUCAAACCACUACAUCCACGACAGCUGGUCCAACCACAACAGCCACACCAACAACUACAGCAGCAACAACUGCAUCUACAACAGCUGCUCCAACCACUACAACAUCCACAACAGCUGCUCCAAUCACAACAGCCACAGCAACAACUACAUCCACAACAGCUGUUCCAACCACUACAUCCACACCAAUAACUACAUCAACAACAGCUGCUCCAACCACAACAGCCACACCAACUACUACAGCAGCAACAACUACAUCCACAACAGCUGCUCCAACCACUACAACUACAUCAACAACAGGUGCUCCAACAACUACAUCCACAACAGCUGUUACAACCACUACAGCCAAACCAACAACUACAUCCACAACAGCUGCUCUAACCACUACAUCCACACCAACAACUACAUCAACAACAGGUGCUCCAACCACUACAGCCACACCAACAACUACAUCCACAACAGCUGCUCCAACCACUACAGCCAAACCAACAACUACAUCCACAACAGCUGCUCCAACCACAACAGCCACACCAACUACUACAGCAGCAACAACUACACCCACAACAGCUGCUCCAACCACUACAGCCACACCAACAACUACAUCCACAACAGCUGCUCCAACCACUACAUUCACACCAACAACUACAUCAACAACAGGUGCUCCAACCACUACAGCCACACCAACAACUACAUCCACAACAGCUGCUCCAACCACAACAGCCACACAAACUACUACAACAGCAGCAACAACUACUUCCACAACAGCUGGUCCAACCACUACAGCCACACCAACAACUACAUCCACAACAGCUGUUCCAACCACAACAGCCACAACUGCACAACCAUCAACCACUAUUCCGACAACCACAACUGCUGUCCCUUCCACCACAACUUUGGCUCCAACAACCACAACUGCUGCUCCCUCCACCACAACUUCGACUCCAACAACCACAACUGCAGCACCAACCACCACAACUUACUGCCCCAACAACAAAAUCUACACCGACUACUACAACCAAAAAGCCAACCACAAAAACAACAACAAAAUCUACACCGACUACUACAAGUAUAAAGCCAACCACAAAAACAACAACUAA